AUGGCUCCGCCUAAGCAGCGGAAGAUUGCUCUCGUUGGAAGUCGCUCUGUUGUCGUUGUUAUCUUAAAUACUGAUUACUUGUCUCGUAUGGCAGGCAAGUCCUCACUCACUGUGCAAUUUGUCGACGGGCAUUUCGUCGAGAGCUAUUACCCUACUAUCGAAAAUACGUUCAGUAAAGUAAUCAAAUACCAAGGACAGGAAUAUGCUACAGAGAUCAUUGAUACGGCGGGUCAGGAUGAAUAUAGUAUAUUAAACUCAAAACAUUUCAUAGGCAUUCAUGGCUACAUGUUAGUCUAUUCAGUUGCAAGCACUCAAAGUUUCGAUAUGAUGCAAGUCAUACGCGAUAGGAUACUCAACCACUUAGGUACCGAAUGGGCACCUGUCGUAUUGGUAGGUAACAAGAGCGACUUGAGACCAGAUCAGAGACAAGUGUCUGUUGAAGACGGCAAACAAUUAGCCGUCUCAUUUGAAUGUGCGCAUGUAGAGACGUCGGCUAGAUACAAUGAGAAUGUCACCAAGGCUUUUGAGCUCAUGAUUGGACAGAUAGAAAAGGGCCAAAAUCAGACAGAGAUUAAAAGGACAAGUAAAUGCCUAGUCAUGUAG